AUGCGGCUGCCGGGCUGGCUGCUGCUGGCGCAGCUCCUGUUAGAAGCCACCGGCAAGCAGGAACAGGCCCCUCGCUGCACGGGCAAGGCCCAGCCCUCCCUGCCUGGAUACACCCACAUUCCCCAGCCAUGCCUCGCCUGGGACCCUCCUGCCACCCAGCCAGCACCCGGCACCCAGCCCCAGGCACCCCUGCCAGCGGCACGGCCCCCCGAGAGCGCAGCACAAAUAGCGCAGCAGCAGUACCCCGUCCCUUCGCCCCAUAGUGCGCAAAGGCAACCUCAGCCACCCACCCGGAGCCUAAAGAGCCUCCAGGAACGUUCCCCGGCAGGCACAGCGAGCCCCACGGACAAGGAGGACCAGCAGGAACGAGCCCGUUGA